AUGGAGGAGCGUAGCGAAGCGCGCAGGCUUCCACGUGGGGAGCGAUGCUCUCAAUGUGGCGAUCGCAAGUAUUAUCUUGAGAAUGGCAUGAGAUUCUGCGCAUCGAAUGGACAUGAGAUUGAGGGAUUCAUCCAAUUCGAUGUGACAGAGGAGGAAGAUGCCGGGAGGCUGGGAUCGGUGGCCCGGCGCGAGAAGGAGAUUCGCGAAAAGGAGACUCGACAACUCACAGGUCUAGAGGGAAAGAGCCUAUACCUCGAGGCUCUGCAGCUGGUUCUCCGGAGCCAGACCCUGUGGCUCAUCCGGGAAAAAGGCCACGCAGAGGAACUAGAGACGGUGGUGAGGGAUCUGUGGGACCUCCGCAUCCGGGCCUUUGGGUCCAUGGUCGUCGUCCCUGAUAACGAAGAAGAGGGAGUAGUUGAAUCUAUCGAGGCCGCACGAAGCCUUGCGGAGAUCCUGAGAUGCUCGUUUCAGUUCCCCACGUCCAAGUCGAGAAUAUUCCCCGUUGACAUGCCUGAAACUCUGGUGGCUUCGUUGAUGGUCGUCGCUACAAAGAUCUUGUUCCCGUUUCAGCAGGGUACCCAGACAACACAGGAGCAUUCUGCUUCUAUCAUUUCUCCGCUGCGAUUCGACUGGGACAAAUGGAUACAGGCUAUCCAGAAGUUCCAGGAUGAGCACGAUGGCGGGCAGGCGGCUGGACCCAAGCCUAAUUUCAGUAAUAUGACAGCAGAUAGUGUCGUCAACAUGACUACAAAGGAACUCGACGAUUACCUCGCCCACAUGUCAAGCUUCAUCGACAAGACAACAACCUCCGCCGCCGGAACCACCUGCUCCAGAGACUUCCAAUGGAAUUAUUGA